UCAUUUAUAUACACUCACAUCUUACGAAUUCAAGGUUGUUGGUGAACAUUUAAUUUAUUUAAUUUAAUGCCAAACAACCACUCCUAUUGAUUUCCAAAGAGUUCUAUAUACCAAGAAAUUAUCUUUCUUUAUCUUUACACAAGUAGUGAGACAUGGAGUGGCAAGAUUUCUUCUUAGCAGCAACAACAACCUUAGGCUUCAUCACUAUAUGCAAAUCUCUUAUCCAUUUUCUAAACUAUAUAUGGGUCAUGUUCUUAAGACCAUCAAAAAAUCUCAAACAAUAUGGUUCAUGGGUUAUAAUCACUGGCUCCACUGAUGGAAUAGGAAAAGCCAUGGCUUUUGAGUUUGCAUCUAAGGGACUCAACAUUCUCUUGGUUGGUAGAAACCCUCUUAAACUAGAGUCAACAUCAAAGGAGAUAAUAGACAAACAUUUUGGAAAUGUUGAGGUAAAAUGUGUUGUUUUAGACUUGCGAAAAAAUUGUGGAGAGGAAAUAAUGAAAAAGUUAGAAGAUGCAAUAUAUGGUUUAGAUGUGGGGAUUUUGGUUAAUUGUGCUGGAAUGGCUUACCCUUAUGCAAGAUAUUUUCAUGAGGUUGAUUUGGAUUUGAUGAAUUCAAUUAUUAAAGUGAAUGUGGAAGGAUUAACUUGGGUUACAAAAGCUGUGAUUCCUAGUAUGAUUAAGAAGAAAAAGGGUGCUAUUAUUAACAUUGGUUCUGGUUCUAAUGCUGUGCUUCCUUCAUAUCCUCUUGUCACACUUUAUGCAGCUUCAAAAGCGUAUCUUACAAUGUUCUCAGCAUCCAUCAAUUUGGAAUACAAGAAGCAAGGAAUUGACAUCCAGUGUCAGGUUCCAUUAGCUGUGUCAACAAAAAUGACAAGGACGAAGGAGUCACUUUUUGUUCCAUCACCAUAUGCAUAUAGCCAAGCAUGCACAAGAUGGAUUGGCUAUGAAAAACUGGUUGUACCUUUCUUCUUACAUUCUCUACAAUCUUAUUUCGUAAUGGCAAUUCCUGAUGUUUUCCUUGAUUACUACACGCUGCAUAAUUUUCUUUACUGGCGUAAAAGAGGACUCAUCAAGGACUCUCAAACCAAAGGAUUACAAGCAUCUACUUCUCAAUUCAAUCAACAAUCAUGAUGAUGCCAAAUUUAGUUUAUGUUUCUAAUUAAAUCUAAAUAAGAGGUCCAAGUGAAUAUGUAGGACUUUUGGGUUUUUUUGUACUUUCUUUUAACAUAAACUUGAUCCUUUAGCACAAAAUUGAUGACUAAGUGUUAGGAGUAAGUUCAAGUAAUAGCAUUUAUAGGCAUAGUUAAUGCUACCGGCCAUAAGUCAUGAACUAAUUAGUUACUCUUGUAUCUUUGCAUGAUUUAAUUAAGUUUUAAAUUCCUAUCAAA